CCUAGCAGGACUUGUUUCUCAUCCGAUUCGCCUGAUCGCUGUCACAGUGAUUGUGCUGUCAUCGCCUGCCAGUCAAGUAGUAUUAAGUAGUAGUAGUAGUAGUAGUUUUGGUACAAGUAGUUGUCGUAGCACAAAGUAGUAAGUAGAACUACCGGUAGCGGUUUUUGUUGCCGUUCUCGUAAACGCAGUAGUGGUAGACUUAGUCGAGGACUCGAGGACGAACAGUUCCUCUGCAUUCCCGUACCAUCGCUGCUUGAUCAUCCCCAAUCUCUUCCUCUUCUUCUUCCUUCUUCCUUCUUCCUUCUUCCUUCUUCCUCCUUCCUUCUUCCUUCUUCCUGCUGGUGAGGCUAAUCGUCGCAGGACGCUAACAAGAAGGUGGUUCGUCUUUGGUGCUGCAAUCCGGUACGCGAGAGAGAGAGAGAGAGAGAGAGAGAGAGAGAGAGAGAGAGAGAGAGAGAGAGAGAGAGAGAGGAAAGGAACAGAAGAAGAGAGGAGAUUCUGAAGUAAUCAUGGAGACAAGGCGGGGUAUUCAAAUUGGUUCGGCGGACGAGUUCACGAAUAUGUCGGCCAUUCGAGCUGCAUUAGCAGAAUUCGUGGGUCUCCUCGUCUUCAACUUCAUCUCUUGCGGCGCUGUUAUCGUAACAGGGUUUUCCUUAAACGAGACAAAAGACGUUGACUUCAACGCGAAGCUGAUCUCCAUUGCUAUGGCUCAUGGGCUGGCCAUCGGCAUCAUGGUGUCCGCUACAGCUGGCGUGUCCGGGGGCCAUAUCAAUCCUGCUGUCACCUUUGGGAUGCUGCUCACCGGCCGAAUCAGCUUGAUGAGAUCCAUCAUGUACUGGGUUGCCCAAAUUGUUGGUGCUAUUUUUGGAUCGGGUCUCAUCGCUGGCAUUUCACCCAACGCAUCUGAGGGUUUUCUAGGAACACAUCUCAUAAACAAAGCCAUUCAGGCUAAAGAAUAUUCGGUGGAUCCUAAAGAAUAUAUCCAAGUGGGAACUGGCUUUUUGACGGAGGUCAUCAUCACUUUCAUCCUGGUGUUCGUGAUUUGGGGCACGGCCGUGGACCCCCGCGGCCCGUCGGCCAUCGCUCCGUUGAUGAUCGGGCUCACUAUUCUUGCCAACCACCUGGUCGCUGUUCCAAUCACGGGGGCAUCCAUGAACCCUGCGAGGUCCUUCGGAGCCGUCGUCUGGUCGGGCCAGUGGGCCGACCACUGGAUCUACUGGAUUGGCCCGCUGCUGGGGGCUGCCAUUGCCGCCUUGUUCUACGAGUACGUCCUCCUUGCUCCUCCCCCUGCACCGGAACCACAAAGGAAGCGAGCUCUUGAUGCCAAUAUCACCGACAAGGUUGCUGCUGGGGUCUAGCAUGUUCUUCCAGAAUGUUCUUUCCUGUUUUGUCCCCCCCUCCCCUCCUCCUUCCCCCCUGUCUCUUAUACACAUCUAGAUGUGUAUAAGAGACAGCUCUUGUGCGGGUGUGUUUGCGUAUGCAUCUCAUCAUCUUCUUCUUUUUGCGAGUUCACCCAACCACAACUUGAGUGUCAUGUGGGUAGCGGGCUGCUGCCCCCAAGAGAGUGUUAUUUAUAUUAACUUAGUGCUCAGUAUGGGGAACGUAGGCUAGCAAGUGGCUGCCCCUCAAGGACCAUAAUAUCAUUUAUAGCUGAUGCUUGUACUAGGCUUAACUCUCUAGCUGCAGGCCUAUAAUUAGCAUCGUAUUGCCUCUAACGUGCAAUGUUCCGGACGUCGUGCUAAGUUAUAAACUUAGAGUGGUUAUUGUAGCUUGCACAAGUCCGUCGCCUCUUAACUUUACGCUCUGAGAAGAACUAUCAUCAUGAUCAUCAUGGUUAUUACUUCUGGUAUGGCUCUCGGUGUUAAGCGUACGGAAAAAAAGACAUUUAAAUUAUUACUGAGUUACAGUCAGUAACAGUCAGUAACAGUCAGUAACAGUCAGUAAAAGUGAGUGACUGUAACUCUAGUUAAGAGAAAGAAUCUGAUCACUAAGUUGAAGUUAAAAAGUUUGAUGCCAAGAGUUUAAUAACUAAUCUCCUACCGGGCAGGAUCAGAUUUAGGAAGCCUAACUUAAUAGAGGCUUCUGCAAUUAAAUGUUAGAUCAGACAAGCACUCCGAGUCUUAUUAGGUUAGUUGCCCCUCUGUUAUACUAUUAGUAUUUACCACUGUCUGAUUAUAGUUACUCUAUUAGUUCCCCCCCGCCAUUAUACUAUUAGACUUAAAGAACUUAUAAAAGCUAACUUAGAACGUAUUCCGGCAAGAAACUAGACUAAGUUCACUUAGAGCUAACUUAGAAUGUAUUCCUGCAAGCAAGAAACUAGACUAAGUUAACUUAGAGACUUGCUAGAUGUUAGAACAUAAUUCUGCAAAGUAACGGAAUUUCUGUACUGAACAGUUUAGGGUGGCCUGUCUAAGGGGGUACACUUAUUGAGUGCCCACUUAUUGAGUGCCCACUUAUUGAGGCGCUGGUGAUUGUAAGGAGCUGCUCGUGGAACGUAUAAAGGUAGUUGCUUGCUAACCUCCGGAGCCUCACUAGAAUUCUAGUGAGUUGAAUUAGGAUGGGCCAAUUCUAGUGCAGGGGCAGCUAGUUUACAUGUGACUGAGGGGAUUUUAGCUGAUCUCUGUAACAAUUUUGAAACCUCCACACUGUCCACAGUAAAAGUAUCUCCGACGGCCCCCUGCAAACUGUUCAUUUUUCUUGUCUAGUACAAGUAUCAGGCCAGGAUCUACAGUGCCGGGGCCCCCCGGUAGCGGUUCGGUUCGGUGGAAAAGGGUACCAUAAUUAUUUUUCCCUCACAGCGGCACUGUAGAUUUUGGGCUCGGGCAAAGGCCGCAACUUUUCGUUUGCCAAAAAAUAGGUCCGGAUGGAGUGGUGGUUUGGUUUAAUAUUGUACAAAGCUUUCCGUGUCCAACUCUUCCCUUUCGCUUACGUUGUAAUUGGAGGGCUGAACUUGAAGACAUGAUGAUGAGUGAUACAUCACAGAGAGCGUGGCACUGGCUGCCAGGCAUCCGCACUGCUCUCUGUCCCCUCUGUCUCCCUCUCUCUCCUCUCCCUCUUCUCUUUUUUCUUCUCGCUCUCCUCGGCAUCUUCU